AUGGUCUUUUGUCUUUUUAUCAGCAAUUUAUUGCUUGCAACUGCAUCACUGCAUUUGACAGAGAGAAGAAUUCAGAUAACUUGGGAUCGAUCACCAAGAAUAUCCGAGAAUUUGAUAUCAAUAGCGGCUGGUCCUGGUAUUUUCUUUAACAACCAAGGAUGUGUUUUUGAAAAUUCCCGUUUCAUAAAAUACAUAGCAGCUUUGAGACCUGGCUAUUUAAGAUUCGGCGGAACUAGAGCAGAUCAAAUGACGUUUAUAAAUGCUUCAAAUCCGGAAGAAAUUUGUGAUCUUCGAAGUCUUCAUAAAAUUCAGAAGCCUUUUCUUCCCGUCACUCUUUACAGAGAGGACAUUGAAAAACUCAUCAAUUUCUCAAGAAAUACAAGCAAGAGAAUGCUCUUUGGACUAAAUCUCAACUCUCGCUCAAAAGACGGAUCCUGGAAUUCGAAAAAUGUAGAAUUACUUCUCGACUUCUUCAAGGAGCAAAACUUCUUUCCGGAUUUUGAGCUUGGGAAUGAGCCGAAUUCUUAUCUUCAUCAUUUCAACUACACAAUGACACCUGAGCAACAAGCAAACGACUUUGAAGUUUUGAAGCUGAUUCUUGCGCGCAAAGGCUUCCACAGCUCCAAGUUGAUCGGCCCGUCGACGACUGGGAGAGGACCUACAGCGCUCAAUUACUUUUCAAAAUUUCUCGAGACAAAGCCACCGGUAGAAUUCGCAGCUUACCAUCAUUACACUCUCAACGGGCGAAACGCGACUGUCAAGGACUUUAUCAGCCCUUCUUCGUUUUAUGCAUACGAAGAUGAAGCAAAAUUAUGGACAGAAACGAGCAAGGAAAAUGAUAAGAAGCCAUUCAUUUCCGAAGGAGCGCUAGCAUUUGGUGGCGGAGCGAAGAACAUUUCUGACAGAUUUGUCAGUUCAUUUCUUUGGGCCGAUAAGUUGGCGAUGAGCGCUCUUACUGGAAUACACUCUUUUUGCAGGGAAACUGCGUUUGGUGGAGCUUACGCUUUAUUAAAUGAAGAUCUUCUACCGACACCGAGUUAUUGGAUUUCUUUCUAUUUUAGAAAAUUCAUCCACGGUAGGAUUUCUUCUUUGCAAACGUUUGACGACAAUCAGCAGUUUUACCGAAUUUACAAUGUCUGUACAAAUAAGAAUAAGGUUACGAAGCUCAUCAUCAAUCCGUCCAAAGCAACAGUUCUUCGAAUAGAAGGAAAAUUUGAAUCCUACCAGCUCAUACCAAAAGGACGACAUCUUCUAAGUAAAUAUAUUCUUAUCAACGGUCAGCGCCCUUCGAUUCACCGAACAAGAAGAGAAACUGGAUCAGGGUCUCUUCUUUUGCAGCAUUACUCUGUUUCAUUUAUUCGUACCAAUAUAUCUUGCAAAUAA